ACCACAAAGCGGUUGGUUGCGGCAGGGACUACACCGGUGUAUCAUGGGAGCGGCCCGGGCUACACGUUAAAAACACUAAGGGGAGCGCGCGAAGCUGAACUUGGCGCUCGAUGGGGGCCGUUAGCCGCCCCAGAGCGCGCGGAGCCGCAGAGGCGUAGCUGGACUACAACGCAGUGCAUCUCGGAAGGCCAACUCGACUGGACCGGGUGAGAGGACAGAGGAGGCUCGAUGGGCGGCCCGAAGGCCGGGGAUCAUGGCGGGCAGGCGGGCCCAGCCAGGUUCAGCCCCGCCCCGCCCCGCCGCUCCCCACCCCCGGCUGGCCUCGCGUGCCUUCCCGCAGCACUGCCGUCCCCGGGAUGCUGAGCGCCCACCGUCUUCCCGCAGCCCCCUCAUGCCCGGCUGCGAGCUGCCCGUGGGCACCUGCCCGGACAUGUGCCCGGCCGCCGAGCGCGCCCAGCGCGAAAGGGAGCACCGCCUGCACCGCUUGGAGGUGGUGCCGGGUUGCCGCCAGGACCCGCCCCGCGCCGAUCCGCAGCGCGCGGUGAAGGAGUACAGCCGACCCGCCGCCGGCAAGCCCCGGCCCCCGCCCAGCCAGUUGCGUCCGCCCUCCGUGCUGCUGGCCACCGUGCGCUACCUGGCCGGUGAGGUGGCAGAGAGCGCCGACAUCGCCCGCGCCGAGGUGGCCAGCUUCGUGGCAGACCGCUUGCGAGCUGUGCGCCUGGACCUGGCGCUGCAGGGCGCGGGCGACGCCGAGGCAGCGGUGGUGCUGGAGGCGGCGCUGGCCACGCUGCUGGCCGUAGUGGCGCGGCUCGGCCCUGACGCGGCGCGGGGACCCGCGGACCCGGUGCUGUUGCAGGCCCAGGUGCAGGAGGGCUUCGGCUCGCUGCGGCGCUGCUACGCGCGGGGCGCCGGGCCGCACCCCCGCCAACCCGCCUUCCAGGGCCUCUUUCUGCUCUAUAACCUGGGUGAGUCGGGAUCCUGGCGGCUGGGCAGAGCGUGGGGACAGGAGCCCACCAUGACAGUGGAGGCUCGGUGGAAGCCCUGCAUGAGGUUCUACAGCUGCCUGCUGCCCUGCGCGCCUGCCCGCCCCUCCGCAAGGCCUUGGCGGUAGAUGCUGCCUUCCGAGAGGGCAAUGCUGCCCGCCUGUUCCGUCUGCUCCAGACCCUGCCCUACCUGCCAAGUUGCGCUGUGCAGUGCCAUGUGGGCCAUGCCCGCCGGGAAGCCCUGGCCCGCUUCGCUCGUGCCUUUAGCACCCCCAAGGGCCAGACCUUGCCUCUGGGCUUCAUGGUCAACCUCCUGGCCCUGGAUGGACUCAGGGAAGCACAGGACCUGUGCCAGGCCCACGGGCUGCCCUUGGACGGAGAGGAGAGAGUUGUGUUCCUGAGGGGUCGCUACGUGGAGGAAGGGCUACCGCCUGCCAGUACGUGCAAGGUGUUAGUGGAGAGCAAACUUCGAGGACGUACCCUGGAGGAGGUGGUCAUGGCAGAGGAGGAAGAUGAGGGCGCGGACAGACCUGGGUCCCCAGCCUGAAGAGGGAGCGUGAGCCUCCCAGAGCCCCAGGACUGGGCCAGAGCACUUAGGUUUCUUUUUCCAUGGUUUCCAGAUAAUAAAAGGAACUUGUUUUGUUGGUA